AUGCUCGAGUUGAAUCUCUACAUAUCUCUGCCAACAUUGGCCGUAGGGCUGCUGGUACUGCGUACCGUUUAUCACUUGUACUUCCACCCGUUGUCGAAAUUCCCCGGCCCAAAGCUCGCGGCAGCAACAUUCCUCUACGAGUUCUACUACGAUGUCUUGAAAGGCGGCAUGUACAUAUGGGAAGUUGAGCGCAUGCACCAGAAAUACGGCCCAAUCGUCCGGAUCAACCCGAGAGAACUUCACAUCAAAGACCCAUCCUACUACGAAGAAAUCCACGCAGGCUCCUCUCGCAAACGAUCAAAAGAUGCCCAGUACUCCAUCGCCUUCGGCGCCCCAAACUCUCUCGUGGGAACAGUCAACCACGACCACCACCGAUUCCGCCGCAACCUACUCAGCAACUACUUUUCCAAGCGGUCCGUCAUGGACCUGGGGCCCUCGAUCCACGAAAAAGUCGACAAGCUCAUCAACCGUUUCGAAAAAGCCUAUCAAUCCGGCUCCGUCUUCCUCCUACAACUCGACUUCGCGGCCCUAACCGCCGAUGUCAUCACAGACUACUGCUACGGCUGGAGUUAUGGAUACCUAGACGAUGACCAGCCUGCACGAAGCAAUGAUCUCGUUGAUGCAGUUAAUGGCCUAAUGGUCAUGUUCCACAUCAACCGCUUCUUCCCGUUCUUGAUAACAAUCUUCCGUAAUGCACCGCCAGCCCUGGUCCGUUGGUUACAGCCACAUAUGGCUGAUUUGUUCGAUUUCAAGAGUCGUCUCCGUCAGCAGGCUGAUAGUACGCUCCAAAGGAAGAAUAUGGAGAACUUUUCGAAGGAUCGAUCAAAUGUUUUCGAUGCAUUGACUAGUUCGGAUAUCCCGGCGCAGGAGAGAACGCUGGAUCGAUUGGAAGAUGAGUCUGCGCUGCUUCUUGGUGCUGGCACAGAGACGACGGCUAGGGCUAUUGCCGUUUCGAUGUUUUAUCUUAUUGAGAACAGGGAUAUUUUGGAGAAAUUAAGAGUGGAGCUGAAGACUGUGUUGGAAACGCCGCAGUCGAGGGCUUCGUGGUCGGAUUUGGAGAAGUUGCCGUACCUGACUGGUGUCGUUAAUGAAGGUCUCCGUCUCAGUCAUGGGAUGACCUUGCGGCUGGCCCGUGUCUCGCCAAAUGAGCCCAUGUUCUAUAAAGACUGGACUAUUCCGACUGGAGUAAGUGACGAAUGGCCCUAUAGCACUGGGCUCAUUAUUCUUGAAAUAAACACCUCCAGCUCAGUAUUAAAAAGUCUCUGUCCUAACGCAUUACAGACCCCCGUCAGCCAAUCCAACUAUUUCGUCCACAUGGACCCAACACUCUUCCCUGAACCAUCGAAAUUCGACCCGGAGCGAUGGAUACGGGCCGCCGAAAAUGGCGAGUUCCUCAGCCGGUACAUCGUCUCUUUCACCAAGGGCAGCAGACAAUGUCUGGGAAUGAACUUGGCAUACGCAGAGAUCUAUUUGGCUAUAGCGCAUAUUGCGCGCCGCGUGGAUUUCACUUUAUAUGAAACGACUGUGGAAAAUAUCACCGUCUAUCGCGAUAAGGCCAUUGGGUGUCCUAAGGUUGGUCUUUUUAAUGUUCGUGCCACGGUGAGUGGGAUUAUAGAGGAGUGA